AUUUGUGUGUGACGCAAGUUAAUGUGAUGAUUCGAAAUUAAAUAGAAAUUUAUUUUAUUUACUUGAUAGGGGCUUAUCGAAUACGUGUAUAUUAUUGUGAGUGACCCGCACGUGCUGCGACAUAUCGUCGUAAAUUUGUUGUUUAAUUUCUUUGACUUUUGAACUUCGUAAGAAAUUCCCGAUAAAUUGCAGUGUUUUAAAUAAAAAUGUUUCCUUUUACGAUAAGGACAUGUAUUCAGACGUUGGUGAUUGUUGCAUUGUUUUCUCUUUCGCUGGCAUUUGAUAGGAAGAUAUCUUCAGCACUGAACCCUGGCUGUGAGUCAGACGCAUGUUCAUCAGACAGCACCACCCUGGUCUACGUCCAGGCCAUCGGCUCCCACGACACAGUGCAUCAAAUAUGGGACUUCACGAGAGGAAUCCCCACGGUGAUCUUUGCCAUCACUGGCACGGCAGCCAACCUCAGCAUCGGCUGGCAUGGGAGCCAACCAGAUAGAUUUAAUUGGACAGAAAAGCCAAAGUACAGCUUUGCUGUUAUAUUUGAUAAGCUGUAUGAAUACAAUGACCUAAAAGACAUUGGCUACAUCACGCCGGACACCCCGCAACACUCAUACAGUCUGGAGGCGCUGGAGUGGUCGCGGACUCACAUCCUGUUCUCUGAUGAGGAGGUGGAACUCGAGCUGAAGGGGCGCUGGGGGCGGCAUAGUGAGCCCAGGAGGGACGGGUAUAUUGGUGUUAAGCUGGACGUGCUCCCCUACACAGACUAUGCCUUGGACCUGCCUCACCUGAUCCACUCCGCCAACUCCACGCUGCUGGACCUGGCGCUGGUGGGGCUGGGAACCCGGCCCGGGUACAACUCCUCCAGGUUUGCGUGGUCCACAACGGUGAUCACCACAGACGCGGGCUCGCCCUCGCUCGACCUCAACACGCGACGGAGCUUGGACGAUGAACACACGCCCGGAGUGUUUGAGAUAGUGGAGAUCCGCACCGCCGAGUCCGUCUCCCGCGGCGACGGCGGCUUCCUGCAGUACCGGCCCGUGGCCUACACCGGCCCGGGCCGCGGCGUCGCCAGCUCCACGCCCGCGCGCCACGCCGCCCCCAACACAACCACCAUACCCCCGCGCAGCACAGCAGCUAUCUACUACGGUGACAAGACUGCGCGUGCGCAAGCCUUGCUCGUGUCGUUCGGAGAGUCGGCCGACGGGUUCUACGCGAAGAGCAAUUAUACUGCUUGGUCGCUAACAGUGGGCUACGGCGUCCCGCCAGUAGAAGGCUUCUCCCUAUUCGUGAUCAUCAUCAUCAGCAUCGGCCUCGGAGUCCCAGUCCUACUCGCUCUCUCAGGAAUAGUCUACGUCAUCAGUCGCCGCCGCAGGAACGGAGCAAGGAGGUUCGACAACGAGGACUGAUGACGCGCCGGGUACAGGCUGGUCACACUGUUGUAGAAUUAAAAAUAAAAGUGACGCGGCGCGCUGUCAGCUGUCAGUGAUGUGGAAUUUAAAAAGUUAGGAAUUGGCGGGCUGUCAGCUGU